AGUUUGUACGCUUCAAAGUACGGCCUGAAAGCAGCCUGGGGUAGGCUGAAACUGUUGGAACCUGCUGUGAGAGUAACAUCGGAGUGACAAUGAACCGGUUGGUUGCGUUUGUGGUACUAUGUGUGGCCGUUUUGGCGAGUGCUGAGGACACAUCAGUCCGUGCCACCGAAUGGCAGGGCCGUAUUGUCGGAGGCAUGAACGCGGUCUCCGGACAGUUCCCAUACCAGGUAUCGCUGACAUCGCUAUCCAACCAGCACUUCUGCGGCGGUGCCAUCAUUGGUGAUCGUUGGAUCUUGACGGCGGGACACUGCCUGAUCAACCGUAAGCCGGAGAACGUGAUUGCCGUUAUUGGUGCGCUUACGAGCGCUCACGGUGGCUUCAACUACGAUGCGCAGCAGUUUAUCGUGCAUCCCAACUUCAACGAAUGGACGCAGGAGAAUGAUAUUGCCAUCGUGCGUACCAAGUGGACGAUCCACUUCAAUACGGCCGUGUUUCCGGUGAAGAUGGCGCGCACAUACACACUGGCCAACCGGGCUGUUCUUGCAUCCGGAUGGGGUCUAACCACGCUCAGCGUCCCUAAGCCGGCCGAUGUGUUGCAGUACGUGGCUCUACGUACGAUCAGCAACGAUGACUGUUCGCAGCGGUUCCGCAACCUCCAGAAUCGCGUCAUCACUUCGAGCAAUCUGUGCACGUUCAGCCGAAAUGAACAGGGUACUUGCAUGGGAGACUCCGGUGGCCCGCUGGUAAGCGACGGUGAGCUGGUCGGUCUCGUGUCGUGGGGAAUUCCGUGCGCCGUCGGCUAUCCGGACGUGUACGUGCGCGUUGCAUCGUUCCGCGCCUGGAUCACGGCAAUCACGGGCGUGUACUAAGAGAGUGGUUCGUUCAUCGAGGCACGUGGAAAUAAAUAAACGGAUUGUUAUGUACUUUAA